GGUAUAAUUCAUGACGUACUGUCGAAACAAGAUGGCGACUUGGUUUGGCACUAGUUGAUGCAUGGGCGUAGCUAGCAAACUCGAAGAAACAUUUCUGUGUCAAGAGACAGGUCAUCCUCCAGCAGCAGGCAUCCCAUCAUGAGUAGCUCCAACCCGACCCCUCCCCCGUCCGAGGCCAGUGGAGAGCAGCAGGAGUGGACCCCCAACCCAGAGGUCAUGAAGCAGCUCACUGCCAUGGGGAUAGAUCAGAAGGAUGCAGAAAAUGCACUGUUCUACACAGGCAACUCCUCAGCAGAAAUUGCGCUUGGCUGGUUGUUUGACCCUGGCCAGAGCUUAGAAGGAGAAGAGCCACCUCCCUAUGAGGCUACAGGUACUCACACCAACACCUACAAGAUGGUGUUUGUUGUCAACAGUGAGCUGGAGAUGGGGGUGGGGAAAGUUGCCGCUCAGGUGGCGCACGCCUGUCUGGAACUGUACCGGACGGUACAACGGAGCAGGCACACUGCCAUGCUGAUGCAGUAUGGGAGCAGUCACGAUGGUGAGAUGAAGAUAGUUCUGAAGGGUGACAAUGUUGCACAGUUGGAAGAGUUGGCAUCAAAAGCGACAGCUCUGAACCUCCCCAACUGUAUUAUUCAAGAUGCUGGAAGAACACAGAUACCCGCAGGUUCCAAGACAGUGCUUGGCAUCAUGGGUAAAGUGGAAACAGUAGAUCAGGUGACAGGACAGCUGGAGCUGCUGUGACCUUGACCUGAGCUGUCCUGUGACCUUGACCUCACUAGAAUUAUCUGCUAUAACGUUGGACUUGGCUCACCCAUUUCUUACAAGAGUUUUCCUUAUAUGUAUUGCCUUUAUGCUAUCAGCCUACUUAAAAACAUCGUACAUGUAGAUGGAAGAAAACUAUUAUCUUGAGCCAGCGCUACUGAUGAAGAAAUAAGUACACAUUUCAGGACAGGACAGGAAAGAAUCACACCAAGCUGGGAAACCCUGGGUAAAAAUGACAGAAAUAAGAUAAAUGAAUAGAUAAAUUUUUGUUUGAAAUGAAACUAACAACUAGAUGAAGGUGACACAUAGGCAGUAGCAGCAAGAAAACAGUGAUGUUAUCAAUAUUAGGAUGAAAUAAGUCAAAAGAGUAAAGACACCUGAAUAGACAGUAACUGAACAUUGUUCAGAGGUGGGGGUACUCUCAAGUUUAUAUGUAACAAAGAAAAAUCAUAGAUGACUUGAAUUUCCAGUAUGAUAUGCUUUGUGGUUAUCUUUGAAGGCAGCUUAUCUUGUCAUAUAUCGGUGUACCCUUUCAGAAUUGCCUUGCAAACUUAUAGCAUAAAGAUUUUGGUGAAAUAUGAAAGGUACGAUAAUUUUAGAUUAUGAUAUAUUUCUUAUCAGCUAAUGGUGAAUAAAUCUAGCAUGUAUGUGUAGAAUUGUACAAAAUUAUUAUUGAAGGCCUUCCUAAGUUAUAUUUAUAGUUCAAGCAUGUAAUGCUGUGUAGACCCUACUGUAGUCUACUUAUAAUAUUCAUGUCAGUUACAAUGAUAAUCUAUGAUAUAGAUUUCAAGAGCAGCUUCAUUCGAUUGACAAAGACAAUGUUGCAAAUAUCGACUGCAGAGCACUACUGCUUCCCAUGUCAGCAGGUGUAAGUUGUUUGAGAUGCUCCAGGAGCAUUGCUGUACGCUUAUGAGUCCUACGCCACUGACAGCAAAACUUGAGAAGAGAAACAGACCAAAUAGAUUAAAUGCUUCUGGACGAUUCUAGGGAUCACCAAACAAAGACUGCAUCUCAGAUACUGAAGUUUGCUAUAGAGUCAAGCAAAACGUUUGUCCAUUUGAAGACCUAACCAUAGUAAAGAAAUGAAAACUGAAGUGGUAUUAUAUUGAGAUUAGACAAAACUAUCAUGCAAGGAACGGUUCUGGCGGUUCUGUUAGUGUUACUUAGUGUUGAUGACUUCCCAUUCUCUGAUAUUAUUCUCCCAUCUUUCUCAUUGCCUUCCUUUCAGUGUAUUUGGAAUUAUCCAUUCUUGCAUGGGGAUUCAAAUUCAGAAAAAUUGGGGUGAUGUUGGGGUUGCAGUAACUGCAGGAAUCAUUCCUUUCGUUGGUAACGUUAUGGGUCUGUCCAUUUUUGCAGGGGGAGGGAGUGGGGCUGAAAUUUGCUUGCAAGUGUUGCUUUUCUAGUUUUUAAUAGGUCGUUAUGUAAUUUGAAUCAUUUUUCAAAGGAACAGUGUUGCAAAACCUUGGUGUGCAAUGACUAAAACCAUUUUAGUUUAUUUGUUGGCCUAGACCCAAAUGUAAUUUAAAACCUAUUACCUUAUAGAUAUUGAUAGUUGCAGUGAUUUUUUCUGCAUUUUGUCUAUCAUUUAAAGGAACGUAUACAUGGGGGCAAGCAUAGCUUGUAUUGUGAUCACACAUUGUAAUAUGUUGUAUGUAUAUUGUAUGUAUUGCCUUGCUUUAGCCAACCUUAGUUUGUGUGAAAUGUAAGCUGUCAGUAAGUUUAUAUUCUCUAUUUUGUUUUAAGCAAACAAGUUAUUUUUCCAAGAAGAAUCAUGGUGUUGAUGGAAAUCACCAGCACUUACUUUAAACUUUGAAAUGGCUGAUAAUGUAACUUGUAUAAUGUGUAUGGUUCAUUAAAGCAAAAGGAGCUGUUCUCCCG